UUGGGCUAUAAAACCAUAUAAAACCAUAUGAAAUUUCGUUUACUGGUUUUAAAUUAUUUUAUAGCUUCUAAAAUAAAAUUAACCGAAGUAAUAAAAACAUUAUAGAUAUGGACAAAAAUUCUGGCAUGAUGGAUUCGCAGGACAUCAGUGAACAAGAAUUAGAAACGUUAAAAGGUGAUGCUGUGGGUGAUAACCUCUACAGCGGUAGAUGGAUAAUCAGCACUUUGAUGUCUUUAUGCGAAAUAGAUAAAAAUGGUUGGACACAAGAACUGGAAGAGCGUCUUUGUAUUUUAUGGGAUCUGACUUGUGAAGAAGAAAUAGUAUCACAUCUUAUGUCAUAUGAUUUCCCAAAAAUAGCAAGAAACGUAUUAGAGAAACAUGAUCAACCACGAUUGAUUGAAAUAAUUUUAGGUAUCAUUGGCAAUAUAUGCUGUAAGGAUGAAGUUAUUGAUACGAUAGGUCGUGAUAAAGACUUGGUUACACAAAUCCUGAACAAUUUGGAAUCUGAUGACACUCUAACAUUAAUUCAACUUCUCAGAAUUUUACAAUGCACCGCAUGGCGCAUCACUGUAAAUCCUCAAUCAGAUUGGAUAACUCAUUUUACAGAGUGUAAAUUUUUUGGAGACUCAAUAAUCUUUAUAUUAAGAAGUUCAACCAACGAUGAGUUAUUAUUGGCGACAACAAGUGUACUUGUGCCAUUAUCUAGAAUAAAUUUAUCGCACCAAAAGAAAUUCUUUGAGGAAAUAUUCAAGAUUGAUAAUUUGAUUUCUGCACUGUUAGAGUCUUUCAUACAGCUAAUAUCAGUGGAAAAAAUUAGUUAUUCUAGGAAAGAAUUGACAUUUAUUGAACAAUGGGUGGAAGUGCUAAUCUUUAUAAUAGAAUUAGGUUCACUUAAAUUUGAGGAUUAUGAAAAUGACGAACAUUUUUUUAAACUGAUGGAAAUUAUGUAUAGGAUAUUGAAACCAUACGAAGAAUUGUGUAAUUUAUUUCCUAUUCAGCAAAAAGAAGUUAAUGUGAUUUAUGAAACUAUGCGCAUACUUAUAAGCUUUCGUUGUUGCAAUGUAAAUAUCCCACCGAAAAUAGAUCAUAUUGUGGCAACUAUACUUUUUCUCUCAAAACAGUUUUAGAUUCA